UUCAGCACGAGAACCUGACCUUGAAGCAGCAGGUGGACACGGCGCAGCACCUUGCCAGCGACCGCGCAGGCUACGACCUCCAGGAGAAACUAAACGCUAUGAUAGCCUCUCUCAAGGCGGACCAUGACAAGGCGCGUGCCAAUUUAGAGGAGAAGAACAACAGCCUUCAGGACACGAUCACCCGACUACGAGAGGAGAUUCGCAACUCUGAAAAUCGCCGUAGCAACCUUGAGCAGGAUAUACGGCGUCUAAAUCAAGAACAGAAUGAAUUCGUUAGGAAGCUAUCAAUGGCCGAAGCAUCUCUUGAUGUCACUAAUAAGUCACGAGAACACCUAGAGCAGGAACGUGCGGCCUUAAAGAUCGAGAUAGAGAAGCUGCAGGCGCGCUACAACACAGCACAGGAGAAGACCAUCGAGGCUCAAACGCGGAUGGGUGAGCUGGUGGACAGACUGGACCGCACAGAGCAGAGCAGACUGAUUUCCAGUCAACAGCUGGCCGAUACCUCUGCCACCAUGCACGCCUUUAACAGCUCCAAGGCUGAGCUGGAGGAGAACUACCAGAAGCUUCAGGUGGAUAACGUGAGACUGGACGCGGAGUUGAAACACGAGAAACAGAAGACAGACAUGCUACAGAGGGACCUGGCCGACUCACAGAAGGUGCGGAGUAGCCUAGAGGCGCUGUGUUCUAACCUCAAGUCAACUAACGCACAUCUGGAGGAAAAGCUAGGGGGUGAGGUAGCCAAUCGUAGCGCUCUUGUCAGGGAAGCUGAGGACCACAAGGGUUUGUGGGAACAGGAAGUACUUUCACGAUCAAAACUGGGCCUCAGGAUUGCCCAGUUGGAGCGUCACAAGCAGGAGACAGCGACUCACCUGGAGGAGGAGAAGAGACGUACACGCAAGGCCCUGCAGGAGAAGAAACUGGCAGAGACUAAACUGGAGUCAGAGCAGGAAAAGUGUCAAAACCUACAGAAGGAGGUAGCCAAUCUGAAGGCGUACCUCAAGGUUGCGAAGAAACGACUCAGGGAUCCCGACAGUGAUGCUAUGGACUCGAAAGACACAAAGAUCUCGAGUCUUCACUCAGCGUUUGACAAGGAGAGACACGCCAUGGAGGAGAUGUUAGUCAGUGUUAAAGCUCAGUUGGAGCACAUGAAGAUUCAGCUACAAGAUGAGGUGGAGGAGAAGGAACGAAUGAGUCAGAAGAACAAUCAGCUGGAAACCGAGUUGAAAACAUUGAAAAAACUGGAGCGCUCUGUAGACAAGAUUGACCGUAGUAAACGUAAACUGGAAGAGGAGUUCAGAUUGUACAAGAACUCGGUGGAGGCAGGUUACACAGAGAAGUCGUCGGUGGAAGAGGCCAAGAAAGAGAUCGAGGCUCGGUUCCGGCUUGAACUCAACCGCAAACUCGAUGAGGUGAAUAACUACUUGGAGGAGCAGGCUCGAACUCGACAGAAACUUGACCGAAGUCGCGAGGAGCAGGACAGCAAGCUGAGGAACGAGAACAAGAAAAUGGAGGAGGAGGUGACAGACCUGCGUGUGAAGUACGAGCAGGCUGUGGCCAGGCUGGAGACCAAGGACCUGGAGGCACGCAGGUACCGCGACCUCUACGAGUCAGAGAUGCAGUGGCGUAUGAAGCUCUCUGAGCAGGUCUACCACUCCACGGACAAGGCAUUCGCUUUCAAGAACAAGUUUGUUGCUGAGCGACAGAAGAGUCGACUGUACGGCAGCAUGAACAACGUGAACGGUCACAUGCUGGACAUGAGUCGUGACGACGUGCUUAGUAACCGACUGAGGGCAGAGCUUGACCGCAGUAUUGCUAAACACCUUGAGGCUGCCCCCCAUGACCAGCUCCACCCACUGCUCAGUAGAGAGGACCCCGUGCUGGGAUCCUCAAACUUUGCCAAAGCCAGCGCAGACUACAUCCAAGUGUUAAAACAAAAGUACUGUGUAUAGCAGAGGAAUAAUCAAAUCAUGCAAUAAAUGGAACUCUCCGUCCAUAUGAUA